GAGGUAAGUAUCGCUCAAAAUAAUUCGAUAAAAAAUUGUAUUUUUUUCUAUUUGAAGAUAGAGAAUUGUUAUUAUAUUUUUAAGAAUCCGUAAUAUUUUAGUAAAAUAGCAUAUUUUCAUUUUUCCAAGCUUAUAUUAUAUACGUGUAAGCUGGCUAGAAAAUGAUUUGAGGUUAUGGCGCCACGUGGCGUGGUUUUAUGAAGCGGUCCUUAAAUCUCCGUACGGUAUCCCUACACACUUCACGAUGGGUAGGGAGGACAAGGCAUCCUGGAAGGCGGGUUACUUCAGCAAACUCAUUCAACUUUUAGAUGACUAUCCGAAAUGCUUUAUUGUGGGCGCGGACAAUGUCGGAUCAAAGCAGAUGCAACAGAUCCGUAUGUCUCUGCGAGGCACUGCUGUGGUUCUCAUGGGUAAGAACACCAUGAUGAGAAAAGCCAUCAAGGGGCAUAUCGAACGUAAUGCUGCUUUGGAGAAGCUGUUACCACAUAUCCGUGGUAACGUUGGUUUUGUCUUCACACGGGGAGAUCUCGUUGAAGUCAGGGACAAGCUUCUGGAGAACAAAGUUCGUGCUCCUGCCAGAGCUGGUGCAAUUGCCCCAUUGAGUGUCAUCAUCCCAGCCCAGAACACCGGUUUGGGUCCUGAGAAAACUUCCUUCUUCCAGGCUCUGAGUAUCCCAACCAAGAUUUCCAAGGGUACUAUUGAAAUCAUCAACGAUGUCCACAUCUUGAAACCAGGUGACAAAGUUGGAGCUUCAGAAGCAACUCUUCUGAACAUGUUGAACAUCUCUCCGUUCUCAUACGGUUUGAUCGUUGAACAAGUCUACGAUUCUGGCACCAUCUUUGCUCCUGAAAUUCUGGACAUCAAACCAGAAGACCUUCGCGAGAAGUUCAUGGCUGGAGUCGCCAACCUGGCUUCCGUCUGUUUGGCUAUUGGCUACCCAACUGUUGCCAGUGCUCCUCACAGCAUUGCUUACGGAUUCAAGAAUCUGUUGGCUAUCGCUGCCGUCACCGAGGUUGAGUUCGCUGAAGCGGCCACCAUUAAGGAGUACAUCAAGGACCCCAGUAAGUUCGCUGCUGCUGCUGCCGCUGCCGCUCCCGCUGCUGCUGCUGCUGCCCCAGCUGCCGAGAAGAAGGAAGAGAAGAAAGAGGAAUCCGAGGACGAGGAUGAGGACAUGGGCUUCGGUCUUUUCGACUAAACAUCUAAUUGACAACAUUGCCUGGCUCCGAAAAUACGUUAUCUGCUACUGAUGCUUUUCACUGACGUCCGAAUAAAGUACCAGGAUUGAUACCUAAAAAACUA